AUGCAUUGUGGAAAAUCUUUUCAUAUAAAUAGCCAUCAAACAGCCCAACUUAGAGCUGUUUUCUACAAAAUCAAAAAUACUCCUCUUAGUCUAGAAGAUUAUAAAAACAAUGUUUGUGUUAUUAGUAUACACAAAAAUGCAAGUGAAACUUUACUUGGAACACUCAAACAAGUUUUCUCGAAAGUUUUAAUUUCACAAGCAACAGAGUCUGGACAAGAAGCACGUUUAAAUAAUUUAGUUGGGGAAUUAGAAGAAAGUUUGAUUAAUAGUACAGGAAAUAAUAAUUUUGGUGGUAGAGAAGAAACUGGAGGCGGAGUUGUUUCUUCUCUACGUUCAGAAAUCGAGUUAUGGCGUUUAAGGUCAAAAAGAGGGUCUGAUCAGGCACAAAAUUAUUAUGAUGCUUUAGAACCUUUGGCAGAACAUUUAGAAAUUUUGGAAGGAAAUGAUUUGGAUUUAGAUGAGCUUUACACGGCUAUUGAAGCAGCAGAACAGAGUGUAGAUGCAUUAUGGAAUCUGGCUGUUGAUGAACCUUAUCCACAACAGAGAAUGAAACAAUUACUUAAUUGUAUAGGUGGAUUUGAGUUUUCAAUUUAUGUAUUUAUUCUAAUAGUUAAGCAAAAGUUUAGAACCGGGCAGGUCUAUUUAAUUAGAAAAAAAUUUUUUUUGCCACAUAAACAUAAAAAAGGGCAAAUUACAACGGUCAUUUAA